AUUGUGGGAAGGCUGCGAAUUUUUUGUCCGCCAUGUUGUUAUGUCUAAAGGCGGAAAAUUUAGCGUUAUUUUGCCUUCAUUUGUGAUUUUUAACAUAUUUCUCUAAAUUCUAACUGAAUGAGAGGACGGAUGAUACCACUAUUUCUGACUUCAGCUCGGUGAUUUUGGCCUGCUUGGCCUAUAGAGGCACAUUCUGGCAUUUUUAAGGGAUCGUUGACACUUCGUCAUCAUGAGCAAGCUAAGUUUUCGAGCUCGGGCUCCCGAUCCCGCGAAGCCGAUGCCCAUCUACACAACAGAUGAGCUCCCAGAUUUGCCUGAUUUUUCCACUACUAAUCGGGCAGUUCCUCAAAUGCCCACAGGAAUGGAAAAAGAAGAAGAAUCGGAGCAUCAUUUGCAAAGAGCCAUUUCAGCACAACAAGUGUAUGGCUCCGCAAAUCAUCUUGUUAUUCCAACCCCUGAGGUUCUCUCCAACCAGGAACUGUAUGAAAAUCUGUAUGAGGCAUCGUACAAGCAAAACAGACAGUACAUUCAUGUACAGCCCCUUAGCAUGGAGCAGGACAUUCCAGACUAUGAUAUGGACUCAGGGGAUGAGAGAUGGUUGAAUGAAGAGGCGAAACUCUUCACAGACAUCACACCUAUCAAGUUUGAGAUUAUGAUGGACAGGCUAGAGAAGGGCAGUGGUCAGAGGGUAAUGAAUCUGAAGGAUGCCAAGGCUCUUCUGAAAGAGGAUGAUGAUCUCAUCAUAGCAGUCUAUGACUACUGGCUCAACAAGAGAGUCGGAGUGGGUCAUUCACUGAUACCAGAGGUCAAGCAAGAGAAGCGUGAUGGCUCCACCAGUAACAACCCCUAUGUAGCUUUCAGAAGACGGACGGAGAAGAUGCAGACAAGAAAGAAUCGCAAGAACGAUGAGGUGUCUUACGAGAAGAUGCUCAAACUCAAGCGAGACCUUUCAAAGGCAGUAACACUCUUGGAAAUGGUGAAGCGGAGAGAGAAGAGUAAAAGAGAAAAUCUUCACUUAACAAUAGAAAUAUUUGAAAAGAGGUAUCAAAUGGAUGAUUUCUCAGGGACCAUUUUUGCUGAGUGUGAGGAGCUUAGCAAGAAGCAGCCUUCAUUUACGAUACCUGCUAUACCUAACGGCAACCAGUACAGUUCGUGGGGUGCCAAGGAUGAGAAUCUAGUGAAGAAGAAGAGGGAAUACAAGAAGAGAAAGCACAAAACCUCUUCAGACAAACCUCGUCAAUCAUCAUCCAGUCCUAGAGACAGGCAUGUUGAGUCGCGGAUAUCGGAUGAAGAUACAACGGUUACACAACCUUCAAAAGUGCAAUCAUUAUCAGAUCAAGAAGAGGAGAAUGAUCCUGAUGGUAUCUAUGCAUUCAGAAGAAAGAAGGGUUGCAAUUAUCAUGCACCUAACCCAGAGCUGGUCUGUGGGUGGCCAUGGUCGGAGGGUCAACACAAGGGUCUCAUGGAGAGAAGGUACCGCUACUGUUGCACUUCUAUACGAAGGCCUAGGAAGUGUAUUGGCUUCGGCAGGAGGAGAAUCGGUAGAGGCGGGAGGAUAAUCUUAGACCGUGCAAGAACGAUGUGGGAUGACGAACUAGACGAUGUUGACGAGCAUAUGUAUCCAAGAAGUCCAUCACCUGUAUCGUCAUCGGAUGAAGAGGACUAUCCUGUGUCACCUGUAGAUCCAAGACCCUCACAAACCAGUCUUCCACUUAGUCAACUCCUUGAAGAAAUCAAGGCAAAGAGAAUAUCACACUUCAGACCAAAGACACCCCCACCCAGCAAAGAAAGUCAGUCAUUCUCAACGUACCCCUCCUCUUCAUCCUUCCAUCAAUCAUCAUCAUCACUCUAUCCUUCCUUGCUGUCAGAAUCUAUCUACAUGAGCUUCCCAGAGAGACCUACCACAUUAAGCCACGCUACUUCACUCUGCACCCCUACUCUCGAUACUGCCUCCACCUCCGCAUUCCUAGACCCCUCUCUAGAGGAGGACAUUAUAGUGGACGUGUCGGAUACACCAGCAACGGUCAUGUCUACUUUAGAACUCAACAGUGAGGGGUUGGAGAGUGUGUCCGAUACGCUGGACAUUCAGUCCAUGGAAGUGGACGUCGUGGGUCAGGAUGGUACGCCCCCUGACCUCAAUGUGUCAUUCACGUCGCUACCGAGGUCAAAGUUCAGUUUGGAACCUAGCGUGGUGAAAGUUUUAUCUCAGGAAAGAACUGCUGGUGUUCCCUUGGCAAAAGGAUCUGUGCCAAAUCAUGUACAAGUUGAAGACACAAACAAUGUAGAGACCGAUACUAAACUUAAAGCACCACAAGGCCAUUCCACUGCCCCUGCAGACACAGUACUACAGCUUAAUUUCCCCUUACCACCACCAUCGGGCAACAAAGCAUCUUCGCUUCUAGCCUCCCUCUCACAAUCGUCGCGCCUCAAUGACAUCAGUCAGGACAAAUCACGCACAAACUCUCUCUCCGACUCCUGUAACAGUCUCUUAUCCAGUACUAAUAAAAAUUCUCAAGAUGACAAGACGAUAAAGAGGGAGGGUUCGUCAUUGCUUAGUAAGGACUCCAGUCAGAGCAGUGGAGUUAGCUCGUCAGCAAGCAGUCUCUUAUCCAUGGGAGUCAAGAGAGUCAAGAAUCCAGGCAAUGAUGUAGAUGCUAAGGCAAAGGAGAACCAUGAGGAAAAUGCAGCCAUUAAUCAAAUACCUAGUAACAAAUCGGUUCCUAUGGAGGUCACGUGAAGAAGGUCAUCAUCGCCCGAGGGCAUGAGUGCAAAGACGAACAACAUCGUAGCAGGGGUGAUUCCCCAUCUGCUAGAGGUCGUAUGAUAAUGAGCAUUGUACAUGUAGCUGAGUGGAGUAGUCGCGGUAGAGAUUGAGAGAGAGAGAGAGAGGUGUUUAAUGGAAUAGCUUUUGUGAGGUGUUGUGAAUGAAAAGGUUUUUGAUGUAUCAAGUUAUCAUACAAAUGAUCUAUCCUAGCUAGCUACUUCUCUGCUAAUUCUCCGCUGCUUCACGGGAGAAGGAAUAUAGGACGAUUCCAUCCUUAAAAAUAAACUAUGAUAUGCAAGUUAAUGAAUUUAUUCAACUUAUUAAAAUGAGAAAAUAUUAAGUAUGAAAUAAUAUACAAUUGUUGGUCCAUCUAGUUUUAUUUUGAUUUGUAAAUAAAGAAUAAUCUUGUGGUUAUGAUACAAAACAUUUUGAAAAAAACAAAAAUAAAAAACAAACAAUUGCCCUGAAUCCAGACAUUGUCUAGUUUCUUGCUGCACAGUCACUCAUAUUUUCUCCUCAAUAGUGUGUUUGAACUACUGCAAGACCAAAGUCUGUAGAUGGGAUAAAGUACUCCUGCAGUGGUUUCUAAGAGUCUUGGAUAGUAUCUUGGCAUUCUUGUCAAAUGGGAAAUGUAUUCAUCUUACUUAAAGAGCCGUAGAUUAAUUAGUGAUGAAGUGAAUUAACUAAGUGUCUGUAUUAUCAAAGGGAAAGGGAAUAAGGUACAAAAUUGGUUUUAUCACACAAUCUUUUGUGAAUGUAACAGUUGGUAUUUUCUGAAUUUCUAUCAGGAGCUGGAGAUUUUCCAGUAAUAGAAGUUUUUUUUUUACUGAUAAAUGUGUGUUGCAAAUGAAAGUCUGCAAGGAUUUCUCUCUUGUGGGAUAUAUAACGUACUACAUUUACACAUGCUUGUCCAAUAUGUCAUACAGGAAAAUCAAUAUCUUACGACACUUCUGCUUUCAUAGCAAGGCAAAAAUCAUUUUACAGGUAAUAUCAAGGGAGUGGGUGUUAUAUCCACACAUCAUGUAAAACCUUAAUCUUACUGAUAAAAUGGUUUCCAUAGAAACUGUAGAGUGUUGAAAGAGAGAUGAAAUGGAACUGGUCAACACUGUAUUUUAUGUCAAUGUUGAACUCAUUUUAAGGCUUGUUGUAUAAAAACAUUUUGGCUCAGGUAUGUAGUUACUUGGUGUAAAAAAACAACCUUUAUGUGCCUAGUUAAUGCUGGUCUUUAUUCUUUCUUGUGGUUAGCUGUUAAUUCAUCACAUUCCAUGAACAUAAGUAUGGGCUGGAUACCCAAGUGAAUAAACCAAGACAUCUUGAGGAUUUCACACUGAUUAUGUCGACUGAAAGAAUUACAUGUAGUUGUCAGUCUGUUGAGAGUCAGAAGGGCACUUUCUCAUACUAUCUUACACAGAUUGAAUGCCCUUUUGGCCCUCAACGGCUGAAGUAGCAGUCUCAAGAUUUGAAUUGUGUCAUGAGCCAUCAAGGAGGUACCAGGUGGCUCGGUCACUUCUCUUCUCUUCAUCACAAUGUUCAUUUUCCCAUCAUUAAUGCUUUUGAACUUUCUCAGAUGGAUGUCAAUUGAAUUCAUUGUGUGUAGCAUAUUUCUCUGCCUAUAAAAAAUAGUUGUUUACAAAUCUCUAACUUUUCUCUCAUUUGACUCCAUAGUCCAUAUACCUUCCGGAUGGUAGACAUCGAUUUGAAUUUGAUCAGUCACAAAUUCCGAGGCAUGGUUGAAUGUAAUUGUUUGCAUUUUGAUAUCCCCUCCAUUUCUUAAAAAUAAGGUUUCAACCCUGUUUGCUUGGUCAAUAUCAUGGCAAAUGUUUGGGACAUUAGUGAUGACUCAAGAUUGGUAUGAAAUCAAUGUGUUGAACAGUGUGUGCUUAGAGUAAUAUCUCCUUCAAUGUAAAUGUUUUCAAAUGUGCAGUGAAUUUAGUCCAUAAUAUGACAUGCAAGAUAGGCUGCCCCGCUUUUAUAUCAAUGUAUAGGGUUACUGUAUUGUUAUAGAUACGGUAGACUGAUUAUCGAAGCUCAAGUAAUUUGAAAGAAACUGAAGUAGAUUUCAAAGCUUUUGAUAUUUUAAUAAUUGUAUCCCCAUAUGUCAGGAGCAUUUAAAAUGGUAUAUUAAAACAUGCUUUAUUUAUAGAAAAAGAAACAUGUGAUUUUCAUUAAGGUUGCAGUUUUUAUGAAAUUGUCAGUGUGAUACACAUAUGACUUAAACACACAAGCCGGGUCAAUUUUAUAGCAAUGUACAAACUACGAGGAAUUUUAAAUGUACAAUAACCACUAGGAAAAAUUCAUAGUUACGGAAGAAGUGUUUUUUUUCAUGGAAAUAAAUGAAUGGCCCAAAACAAUAACAAACAAAAAACAAAACCGAUACAGGGGAAAAAUAUGUGUGAUGAGUUCAUGGUUUUGGGUGACAUGACAAAUUUCUCUGAAGAGUAAAUGCCCAUAUAAAUGUGACAUCUCCCUUUCAUCCUCACUUAGGUUAUACCUUGGGUUUAUUUUCAUUGUCAGUUCUAUUACUCUGAAUGUGAAUAUAUGGAAAAACAAAAAUACCAAAAAAUAUAUGUUGGUAAAGCAAAUGCCCUUUUAAUUGAAGUUUUUCUACUAACAUGUUUGUAACAAACUUACUAUGAUGUCUUGUAUUUGGCACUAUAAAGCAAUAGAUGAAGUCCUAAAAAUAUGUUUGUGUGUAGUUUUAGUAGCACAUGUUUGCUACAAAUGUGGAAGUUAAUGCAGUAACAAACAUCUUACAUUUAGCAAUACAAUUGCAGAAGGGUUGGCCCUUUUGAAGGAAAAGUAAAGGAUGGAAAAAGUACUUUUGAAAUAUUCUGGGUUUUAAAAGGGGGAAAAAAUACAAUGCUUUUGCAGCUAAAGCCAAUUAUUGGUAUCCAGCAAAGGUACCUAGCUAUUAUAAUUCAGUAACUAUUCUGUUAUCUCUAAAAAAUGUAUGGCAUCCUUUAAAAAAGCAUGACGAAACUUAUGUGCACACUAAAUAUGGAUGUACUGUAAAGGUGGUUGGCUGUAGUGAAAUAUUCAUUUGCUUUAAUAUCAGCAGACAUUAACUGUAGCAAUAUGGUAGUAAAAACAGCUAUGUAAAUGUUUUCAUAUAAUUUGUAUUCCUAACAAAAAAAUAGUUCUUGCUACCAUGUUGUCGGGGCUAAAUGAAUAUCGUUAAAGCUUCUGACCCGUGUGUCCUUGGCAUAUUGUAUGGAAUCAAGUUUUUGACUGUUUAAAUUAAAUAAAUGGGAGAACUGGAUUUCCAGGAAAAAAUAUAUAUUUUCAGUGAAUCUUGAAACACUGUGAACCUAAUAUUCAAAUGAAUUAAAACAAAGUGAAGAAUUGGCACUUGAAAUUGAAAAAAUGA